AAACUGUCUAGGUUACUGCAGAUGACCCUACCUACCUCAAUGACCUCUGUGGGUGUGACAAGCAAUUUCUUUCUAGAACCCACUGGGGUCUCUCAGAACAGAGAUGUAUCAAUAGCGCAUUGCUGGAGUACUCACUACAUGCACUAGGGGAGACAGGCUGAGACCCAAAUCAGUCUAGGUACUUCCCCGGGUGUCCCCAUUCCUGGGAAGUGGGGACGCGGGCGGGGGAGGGCAGUGGGGUAGAGAAACGCUGGGACGACCACGGGUUGAGAUUGUGACCUUGAGAAGCAGGAGAACGACGGGACAGCGCGGGACGGGGAGCAGGGAGGCUAGGCGUGACGGGAGGAACAAAGACCGGAGACCGGCACGAGGGAGGAGCUUGGUGACGCCCAAGCAGGGCGGGGCGAGAAGUAAUGUCAAGUCGGCGCAGGUCGCAAGCUUCUGCGUCUAUGAGGAGCCGGUGGAGCAGCCGCUGCCUCUCUGGUCUCUUUCUCUGAACCAGUCAGGUCUGUCUGGGGGAGAAAGCUGCAAUCGGUCUCUGACUCCGGAACGCGUCUGGGCAUUGGGUCAGUUGCCCUUCUGAGUUGGCCUCGGUGGCAGUUGUUAUUACAAACUCUAGCAAGGAUGGAGAAGCAGCUCAGAGCCAGGUAGGAACAGACUCUCUUCUGUCCCACCCUGUACAGGCUCAGCAUAACCCAAUUUUUGAAAGAAUAUAAAUAUUAUGUAAGCAAAGUCCAGUUGAAGGGAACGCUGUCUGGACAUUUGGGUUCUAAUCCUGGCUGUGUUUGCAGACAGACUGUGACCGUAGGCAAGAAACUGCCUCUCACUGGCUCCAUCCUCCCCUCUCCAGCCAUGUUGCUCAUCAGACCAGGGAUCAUCCUCUCCUUUGACAUUACUAUGACCUUGCUGUCCAUGGCCCACCGGCUGCAGAUGCGUCUUCUGACAUGGGAUGUAAAGGAUACCCUGAUCAAGCUCCGCCAUUCUGUUGGGGAGGAGUAUGCCAGCAAGGCCCGGGCCCAUGGGCUGGUGGUAGAAGCCACAGCCCUGGAACAGGCCUUUGGGCAGGCAUACCGGGCUCAGAGCCACAACUUUCCCAACUAUGGCCAGAACUGUGGCCUUACCUCCCGUCAAUGGUGGAAGGACUUGGUCCUCCAUACCUUCCACCUGGCAGGGGUCCCAGAUGCCCGGGCCAUUACUCCCAUUGCUGAUCAUCUCUAUGAGGACUUCAGCAGCCCCUCCACCUGGCAGGUGCUGGAGGGGGCCGAGACUACCCUGAAGGAGUGCCGCAAGCGGGGUCUGAGGCUGGCUGUGAUCUCCAAUUUUGACCAACGCCUAGAGGACAUCCUAGUAGGCCUCGGCCUGCGAGAACAUUUUGAGUUUGUUUUGACUUCUGAGGCUAUGGGCUGUCCUAAACCAGACCCACGAAUUUUCCACGAGGCCUUGCAACUUGCUCAUGUAGAACCUGCGAUGGCAGCUCAUAUUGGGGAUAGUUACCCCUGCGAUUACCAGGGGGCUCGGGCUGUGGGCAUGCACAGCUUCCUGGUGGUAGGUCCAGAGCCUUUGCCCUCCUCAGUCAGAGAUUCUGUACCUAAAGAGCACAUUCUGCUCUCUCUGUCCCAUCUCCUGCCUGCCCUGGACCUUCUGGAGGCCUCAAGUCUGAUGAGGGAAGGAGGUGGGAGCAAAUAAACAUUGGAAGCAAGGA